AUGGGUGAUUGGCACAACUUUGUUGAUGAAACAAAAGCCUGUCAUGGUGUUGAUAUAAGCACCUUGGCAAAGCCUUUUGCAGAGGAGCAGAGCAAAUACUAUCUACAGUUGUUGGCUCUACAUCAUGUGCUGGCUUGUAGAGACACAUGGUGGACUGGUAGAUUUGAAGCUUAUCUUUGGGAUAAGAAUUCUUGGAACAACAUUCAGAACAAGAAGGGAAAACAAGUUUAUUUAGGUGCUUAUGAUACUGAAGAAGGUUUUAUACAUACCCCAACUGAAUGA